UGGGCGACGAGCCAUCCCGUCCAAUGUGUCCAACGCAGAAGAAGAUGAGAUUCCUACAAUGGAGCUGACUGGUUUGAUGCCAAGAGGAGUUAAUCUGAAAGAUUUUCUGGACGUCCAGGAAGUCUAUUUAUUCAACCGGGAAUAUGAACUUAAUAAACAGGAACACCACACCGAGAAAUACUACAACUUAAAACUGAUUGUACGCCGGGGGCAGCCUUUCCAUAUCCGGAUUGAUUUCAACCGUCCGUACAAUCCAAAAGAGCACCAGUUCUGGAUCGAGUAUGUAAUAGAUUACUUAGCAGAGUAUACUGGACUCCAGGCAGCCUCUUGGAUCUUCGCCAUCUUCACGGCUCCAGAUGACCAGGCUUCCACCAGCAUGGCUCCUGGGCAGGGUUCCCUCUAA